CAUCUGUCAUGUGUUUAUGCGAUAUGUCUGAUUUUUCUACGACACAUUUUCGAACAAUUAUCGAAUUUCUUGUGCAAUUUAGUGAAUAAACGAUCGAUGUGAAAAUGGCGCUAUGCUUGCGCACGUUUUCCCACAAAAUUUCACCUAUAAACGGUAUUGUUUCCACGAAAAACCAUUCCAGCCGAUUGUCUAGAAAAAUCCCUGUGCGGGCACAAUUUCUGGAAGAUUUCCUUCAUCGGCGGCGCAUCUCGAGCUGCCCGGUGCCGGCAAGAUGUGCCGUGGACUCGAACAUAGACAAUCUUUACAUUCACGAACUGACGAUGGCGACGUCACUUCGAGGUUACCGCGAGGAGCGGCCGGAGCGCGACGGCUACCACAGACAGAGCUACAAAGAUGGCAUAGCCGUGAGGUCUCUGGGGCUGACGUCGGACGACUAUGUGGAGAAAACCUUGCCUUUUGAGUUUAAUGACACACACAAUAGUAUUAGAAAUAUAGAUUUAUCUAAAUUUGAAGAUAUAGAGUCACUGCAACCAACUUGCCUCUCUGCCUUCGAGUAUAAUGCGGUGUACAGCACGGGAGGCACCCCGGCGCCGGCACCUUCCGAAAUAGACAGAGAGGGCAAGCCCAGUGAGGAGCAGCUCGCUAAAGUGUUUCAUGUGCUCUCAGAGACGAUGCCCAAGCUCUUCAUUAAGCCUCUGGACUACUCCAUAUACCACCCUAACCUGAUCUUCGUAAACAACAUCAGAGGAAUGACCACAGUCGGUCUAAUACACUACGUAAAACAAAUCGCCUUGCUGCGUACUGUAGGACAUCUCAAGUUCGCGUACGUGCGCUUCGAAGUGAUGAAGAUCACUCAACACCCGGAGGACUCUACUGUCAAGAUGAGGUGGCGAGUGCGCGGCAUCUCCGGCUUCAAAGUGUUCUUCAUGUUCUGGAAGUACAAGCUGUGGAACAUGAAGGAGGCCUUCGCUGAUCAGGAGCUGUGGUAUGACGGCUUCUCCACAUUCUACGUUGGAGGCGAUGGACUUGUCCAGAAACACGUUGCUGAUAAGGUAAUGCCAGACCAGGACACAAUAAUCGACGACGAAGAGAAAGCGCCCAUAGCAGCCAAGAUAGCGCUCCUCAUAGGCCUCAUACCACGGAACUAUCUCUCCGACGUAUCUCCUUACUUCACGACUUCACCCGGCACGGACGAACUCACCGCUCUGCCGUUCAAAACCGUCGAGUAACUAUUUAUAGGCGAAUUAAGAUAUAUUUGAGACUAGGGCAUUUUAAUUUUUGGCCGUCAGACGUCAACAGUCUGAAAAGAGUAGAAAUUAUAAAACAUAGUCGUUCCCUCAGAGCAUAACUAGAGAGUGGACAGUCCGCCUGCGGACGUUUCUCAGUUAGAUCAUACAGUUGUCGUUGUGUGCGUGCGUGAUGACGCGACUCGCUGGUCGUUCGCAUGUACACAGACAUGGAAAUGAUGCGCGUGUAUUGCGCAAUAGGAGCGUCCAUCUACGAGUGUGUGUCCAAGAACUUGCGACAGGCGUAUUUGAUACAAAUCGUCCGGCAUUUUCGAUCUCCUUCCUUCCUUUCCUAUAUUUGUUGUUGUCCCUUUCAAAUCAAUAGGUAUACGUAAGAUAACGGGACUUUUAAUUUCUACUCUUUUUUACCAGACUGCGCAAUAUCAAACAUAGUAUCGCGUCUGCUGACAUCUGUCGGUCAAAUUAUUGAACCAAAUUACUUUAGCCCUAU